UUUUAUUUGGAUCACUCGGUCGACGGCAACCCUAUAUUCCCCGCCACCGGCUAUUUGAUGCUGGCGUGGCGUAAACUGGCGGCCACCAUGGGCAAAUUGUGGUACAGCGUGCCCGUUAUAUUUGAGAAUGUUCAAUUAAAAAGGGCCAUAUUUUUGACCGAGGACAAAGACACCACUCUUACCGUUAAAUAUUAUCCAUUAAACGGUGAAUUUUCAAUCUACGAGAACGACAACGUUUGCGUUUCGGGCAAAAUCCGUGCGCCGGGCGAUGACGUGCUAAUAGCGCAGCACUUGCUCUACGAAAACGAGCGCAAACUUUCGGAGACCCAGUACUCGGUUAAUAGGGACGACAUAUACAAAGAGUUAGGUAUUAUGGGCUUAGACUACGGGCCGGCGUUUCAACGGCUACGCAAAGUGGGCACAAAUGAUUACAACGAGUUUUACGGUGUGUGCGAAUGGGACGGACAGUUUGUCAGUUAUAUGGACGCGUUGUCCCAAUCGCGCGCCCUAUCGGUGCCGUUUCGCAAAAUGCUUUUACCUGUGCUGAUCCGGAAGUUACGGCUCGACCCACGGGUUAUGUUUGACGCUUUCAAACGGCACAGGCGUCAAGUGGACGAACCGACCACUGAUGGCACCGUCGCCUCCAAUCCGAGCCAAUUGAACGUCGAUAUCGACAAUGCUUUGGGCUCUACAGUAGUCCCCGGUUCCGAAGUCACGAAUGGCGAGCAAAACACUAUUUCGACGGUUAUGGCCAAAGAGAAAGUCCGAUUCAACGAACGCUUCGCCGUCUACUCAUCGGAAAUACCGUUUUAUUACAAUUUGAAUACAAAACAAUUGGUGUCUCCGGGCGUUGAACUCGAAGAGGUUAUCGUAUUUCCCGUACCCCGACGUACGGACACCACUGGUCUGGUCUUGGAUUCCUCAGAGUUCUGCGCCAACGAUGAUAAUCAGGCCAUUGAUGACAGUUUAUCGACAGCUGUGUCUAAAUAUUUAGAGGUUUGUAAAUCAAUGGCGGCUAAAGUAAAGCAAUUGGAUGUCAGAGAAAUGAAAUGCGAUUUUAAUUAUAAAAACAUCGGCGAAGAAGUACUUCAAAAAUUGAGGAGCGAUUCCACUGAAAGUCAUGUUAUGUUUCGUACAUUUGAUAAAUUACUGACAGAAGUUGUGGACGAAAAUCGUAAUAAACUAAACGGCAAAGAAGUGGCAAAGAUUUUGAACGAAAUACAAACAAAUCCUGAAUACGAUUUGAGUAAAGAUUUGGUGAAUCAGAUCCAGAAGAAUGAACAUGUGGAACAGAUUGUCACACAUUUUCGUAUACUUCCCUUUGAAGUCGAUUAUAAACUUAUUGUGAAAAGUAAACAAUCGGUGAAUGAAUUGUAUAGAGAAAGAGCCACUGAAUGGCAACUUAAAGAUGACAUACCAUUAAAACCCUCGCAUUUGGUUAUAAUGAGAGACACACAAGACUUAUGGCAAAUGGAUUUGAAUAAAUUCACACAAGACUUGUUUGACUCCAUAAACAGCAAUGGAUUCCUAUUAUCGAUAUUUCGGUAUAAGUUUACGGAACCGGAGAUUGCGUUCAUGUCUUUGACGGAAAAACCAAUUCCCAGUAAUAAUGAAUUGGAUGUACGGAUCAAACAGUUUGUAUCGAUUGCCACCGAAACUGGAUUUAAUUUAAUCGCAACAAAAAACGAUACAAUCGGAACCGUAUGCCUAAUGUUUAGAAAAAUCAUUCACAAACCUAUUGUACCAGAAAAACAAAAUGUUAUCAAAAUAACCGGCGAUUAUCAGCAAUGGUUUGGAGUAUUGCAGGAGAAACUGAUUACCGCUAAGGAAGCGGACAAUAAGACCGAUAACAUAUGGCUUGUAUCGCAGGACUCGAGUAUUAACGAACCGGGCGGAGAAAACUUUAGAUAUAUCUUCCAUAUGGACACCAAUAGUGAGACAAACAUUGACUUUAAUAUUAAGCCCUAUUCUGAUAUAUUGGCCAACGAUUUGGUCGCCAAUGUUAUCAAAGAGGGAAAACUGGGAACUUAUAGACACAUAAAACUUCCCACAGAUUUUGAUAAAUGUGUGUCAAAUGAUUAUUACCUAAACUCCGGCACAACAAAAGAUUUAGCGGAUUUAGCGGGUAUUCAAUGGUAUGAUUCCCGGAAAUUACCCGAAAUUAAAAAGUACUGGAAUUUCAAUAACGAGGAAAUUGUUAAAACACGGGUCGAGAUAUAUUGUGCGGGCAUUUCAUUUCACGACGUUAUGGUCGCUUCAGGCCGUAUACCCUCCGGUCCGGAGCAAAUAUUUACAGAUUGUGUUUUGGGCUGUGAAUAUGUGGGCCGUCGCGUGGAUACCGGUGAACGGGUGAUGGGUAUAGAUAUGGGCCGUACUUUUGCCACAUCAGUAAACGCCAGCAUUCAUAGCAUGACUACAGUCCCCGAGCACUGGUCGAUGGCAGACGCGGCCACUAUAUUGAGCACAUAUAGCACUCUGUACUACGCGCUCAUCAAACGCGCUAAUCUUAAACGAGGUGAAAGUAUAUUAAUACACUCGGCGGCGGGAGGUGUGGGUCAGGCGGCCAUCAAUAUGUGUAAGCAUUACGACUGCGAUAUCUAUGUGACGGUUGGGACGGAAGAGAAGAAACAGUUUUUGAUGAAAGAAUACGAUAUACCGGAGGAACGGAUCUUCAACUCAAGAGAUAUCGUAUUCAAGAAUCAAGUGUUGAAUUUGACUGAAGGAAAG